GCUGCUGCUAGUGUGUUGUGUACUGAGAAAUGAAGUACUGAAGCGCGCUGCUUGCUGCACAUUGACUAGUUGAGAUGUGAGCCACGUUUCCACGCUCCUCUCUGCCCUGCUGUUACCCGGACACGUUUGCUAAUGCGUCGCCUGGUUUUUCUGCUGGUGGCAAUAUAGUCAGCGUUGCAUUGCCUUGCAUCUGCCGUGGGAGGCUCACUCUGUGCACAAAUCCCCCCCCCUCUUUUUGAAGGAGGGGGAUCCUGUUAUUCAGAGAGAGGAGAGAGAGAGAGAGAGAGAGGGAAAAAAACAAGUCUGCAGAAAUUCAGAAUUGAACGCGAAGUUGCAUUGUACCACCCCGCCCCGCGUUACUAACUGCAGCAGAUGUAAUGUCAGGUACCAUUGACUAGAACACUUUGUACAGCCGAGAAACGCAUGUAUGGAUAUGAGCAGUGCGGAUGCAGCUUCUACUAAACUGCUGAGUCUCACACAACGCUCUGCCUCAGAAGACCUGGGUUGCCGUCGAGGGGAGUUCAGCAGGAAACACUAUGGUUCUGUGGAGCUGCUUAUCUCCAGCGAUGCUGACGGAGCCAUACAGAGAGCAGGGAGGUUCCGCGUGGAGAACGGGUCGAGCGAUGAGAAUAGCGACUGCACUCCGGGAACCUGGCACCGGACUGACGUGCAUCUGGAGAACCCGGAAUACCACACCAGAUGGUACUUCAAAUACUUCCUAGGAAAAGUUCAUCAGAAUUACGUGGGCACAGACACAGAAAAGAACCCUUUCUUUCUUUCGGUUGUGCUCUCUGAUCAGAACAAUCAACGUGUGCCACAGUACCGGGCCAUCCUCUGGAAGAAAACAGGGACACAGAAAAUUUGCCUUCCGUAUAGUCCUACGAAAACACUUUCUGUCAAAUCUAUUCUAAGUGCCAUGAACCUUGACAAAUUUGAGAAAGGCCCUCGGGAAAUAUUUACUCCAGAGAUACAGAAGGACUUGCUUGUUCUUGAGGAACAAGAGGGCUCGGUGAACUUCAAGUUUGGAGUUCUGUAUGCAAAAGAUGGCCAGCUGACAGACGACGAGAUGUUCAGCAACGAAACUGGAAGUGAAGGUUUCCAGAAGUUUCUCAACCUAAUGGGUGAAUCAAUCACAUUGAAGGGCUGGAUCGGCUACAGAGGAGGACUCGACACCAAAAAUGACACCACGGGAAUCCAUUCCAUCUACACCGUGUACCAAGGGCAUGAAAUCAUGUUCCACGUCUCCACCAUGCUGCCGUACUCCAAAGAAAACAAGCAGCAGGUGGAGAGGAAGCGGCAUAUCGGGAACGACAUUGUAACCAUGGUAUUCCAGGAGGGGGAGGACUCGUCGCCAGCCUUCAAACCUUCAAUGAUCCGUUCACACUUCACACAUAUUUUUGCCUUAGUCCGAUAUAACAAACAAAAUGACAGCUACCGACUUAAGAUAUUUUCCGAAGAAAGUGUGCCACUGUUUGGACCUCCUCUACCUACUCCGCCCGUGUUUACAGAUCACCAUGAGUUCAGGGACUUUGUAUUAGUCAAAUUAAUCAACGGAGAAAAGGCAACCCUGGAGACUCCGACAUUUUCUCAGAAACGUCAGCGUACGUUGGACAUGUUGAUACGGUCUCUGUACCAGGACCUCAUACCAGACUUACACAAGGAAAUGAAUGAGAUUCAACUAGGCUGGAUAACAAACAUGCUGAACAGGCGCUCCUUCAGUGACGUGCUGCCAGAGUCGCCCAAGUCAGCGCGCAAGAAAGAGGAGGCUCGGCAGGCGGAAUUUGUUCGAGUCGGACAAGCCCUGAAGCUGAAAACGAUCGUCAGAGGGGAUGCCCCCACCAGCCUGGUGACCACAGGCUUGUGCAGGAAGGAGGUGAGUGAGAUAUCCACACCGCUUCCCCCUUUGCAAAUGUUUACGUGGAUGAUGCCUCAGAGGAGCCAGCGCCUCAGCAAAGCCCGCGGAUUUGCCUCGGCAUUUGAUCACUGGUUGCUCUUGUUCCACGCAGAGGGCCAGACCCCGGUGCCCGUGUUUGACAGGACGCUGUCGGUGAAACAGAUGGAUAUUUUGGAAACUCAGGACCUCUUCCUCAGCCGAGUUGACAAAGGGAAGGAUGCACGGCUGUUUGUCUUCAGGCUGAGCUCCAUCAAGAAGGCUCUGGAGGAGAGGCAGAUGGUGAAGAGUAAAUCCGAUUGCAAGGACAACAGGCUCGAGAAAACAAAAGGCUGCCACUUGUACGCCAUCAACACGCACCACGGCAACGAGCUCCGCAUCGUGGUGGCCAUCCGCAACAAGCUGCUGCUCAUCACCAGGAAAACCAUCAACAGGUCCGACAGCUUCCCCAUCCUGCCGCCACCCACAGACUCACCCGUUGAAGACUUCCAGUACAUCAGGGAGAUCUGCCUGUGCGAUCCGGCUGCGGUGAUGACGCUGGUGGACGGCCCCACCGGGGACAACGACAACCUGAUCUGCGUGGCGUACCGCCACCAGUUCGACCUGGUGAACGAGAGCACGGGAGAGACCUACCGCCUGCACCACGUGGACGCCAGCAAGGUUACUUUUGUUGCAGCUAUUGAUGUGUAUGAAGAUGGUGAAGCUGGACUCCUACUCUGUUAUAACUACGUGUGCUACUACAAGAAGGUGUGCCCCUUUAACGGUGGCUCUCCGCUGGUGCAGCCCUCGCCCUCUGACUUCCACUUCUGCUGGAACCAGGUGCCCAACUCCAUCGAAAACACAACACAAACCACAUCAACCACGGCUGUCAUGUUGGAACUCCAUCUCACGGCUUCACAGUCAGACAUUUACUUCACAUCAGCUGCCUCAUCGAUGAAUGCGGCGUCUGGCGGGAGCUCGAGAGAUGCGAGUUCACAGAGUUCUCCACAGACACCAACCGGCCAGGAGAUGCCUGUCCUCCCCUCGUCCCAGGGGGAAGGUAAGCUUCAACAUGUCUCUCCUCUGGAGGAUACCAUGGGGAUUUAAGUCUGGACCUUUGACACGGUGGCGCAGCGGUAGAGUAGCUGCCAUACAGUGUCAGAGACCCGGGUUUGAGUCUGACGACGGGUG